AUUCAAGCUUUCAAGGUCGCUUCUGAGUGCAGUGAAUAAGUGUGAAAACCAACCUGAAGUUCUGUUUUUCUCUAGAUACCCCACCAAAUCUACAUAAUGGACAGCGGCUACAGCAAUUACAACAACAGCUACGGAGGUGGCGGCGGAGGCGGAGGCGGAGGCGGCUUCAUGCCCGGCGAGAUGAAUAACAGUCCAUCAGGAGGAAAGGGCGACUACAACAACGCCACCCUCCGCCCGAUAACCAUCAAACAAGCCCUGGACGCGACCCAACCCUACCCGGAGGCGGGCUACCAGAUCGACUCCGCGGAAGCGGCCAGCGUGUGCUUCAUCGGACAGGUACGCAACAUCAGCUCGCAGUCGACGAACGUGACAUACAAGAUCGACGACGGCACGGGGGAGAUCGAAGUGAAGCAGUGGAUCGACUCGUCGGCGGCGGGGACGGACAACAUGGACACGGACGAGAACGGGGGCAAGCCGGUGGCGAAGAAUCAGCCCGAGCUGAAUGGGUACGCCAAGGUGUUCGGGAAGCUCAAGUCGUUCGGGAACAAGCGGUUCGUCGGGGCGCACUGCGUGCGUGCGGUCUCUAACAUCAACGAGGUGCAUGUGCAUCUGCUGGAGGCUGCGGCGGUGCAUUUGUUCUUCACGAAGGGGCCCGUGGGUGAGGCAGCCCCGGCGGGGGCGGGAGGUGCUAGUGCUGGCGGGGCGGGCGAUGCGUCGAUGGGUGGGGUGGAUGAUUAUGGGGCUGAGGGUGGCCGGGCAUUGCCGGCGAUGAGCCCCGUCGCGAGACGGGUGUAUAACCUGCUGAGGACGGAGCCGCAGAGUAACGAGGGGUUGCAUGCCCAGUUGAUUGCCGCCAAGUUGAGCCUGCCGAUGCCGGAUGUCGCCAGGGCCGGGGACGAGCUGUUGACGGCUGGCGUCAUCUUCUCGACGGUCGAUGAGCAGACCUGGGCUAUUCUGGAAUAUUAG